UAAGUAACACAUAACAUAACAUAAGCAUAUAUUCCAUUCCUUCUUCUCCAUUACCAUUACCAUUUCUUUUUUAUUUUUUCCAUCCAAAUUCCGCUCAUCGUCAGAUGACUGCAAAUCAAAAUGAAAUUCAAAUUCAAAUCCAAAUUAGGGUUGCUUGAUUUGGCCGGAUUUCUCGCCGCCGUCGUUCUUCUGAUCGGAUUUGCUGCAGCCUCGCCGGAGACCUCGUGCAACGGCACAUGUGGCAAUCAGAAACUCCCUUUCCCUUUCGGAUUCUCCGCCGGCUGCCAAAUCCGGCUGAACUGCACCCCCAACGGGACAGUUCUCGCCGCCGAUUUCCCGGUCCAGUCGGUCAGCGGCGACACCAUUCUGGUCAACGUUCCGGCGAUGUGUGGCCGUCCCCUGGAGAGUCUGCGCCGCCUCUUCACCGACAAUUUCGCCCCGACCUCCCACAACGCGAUCCUUCUGCAGAACUGUAAGAUCGCCGGAGACCGCUGCUUCAUCCCGACGACGUUGGUGGAGACCCACUUCGAGCUGCUCGAUUGCAAGCCCGCCGGAAAAGGUAACAUCAGCUGCUACUCCGAGGCCGACAACACGACGUCGUCGUUUAUCAAUUACCAGAAUCUCACGACGAGGGGCUGCCGGUCCCUUUUCUCGGCGAUUUCCAUGGAGUCCUUCGUCAACAGCUCCUCCGUCUCGCUGGAUGUUCAGACCGUCAGGAUCGGAUGGUGGCUCCGGGGGGAUUGCCGAUGCUCCAAGAACGCCAAGUGCAUCCCCAUUGCGCCGCCGAUCGAGCCUAAUGCUACCGCGUACCGCUGCCAGUGCUCCGAGGGGUUCGCCGGCGACGGGUUUCUCGCCGGCGUCGGCUGCCGGAAAGCAGAACCACUCUGCAAUCCAUCCAACUACUUAUCAGGCAAAUGUGGUGGAACAACACGAGUUGGUGUGUUAGCUGGAGGCAUAGCAGCUGGUGCUGCAUUGAUGAUCACCAUAGGUCUGAUCAUCUGCUUCAUUCGAAGAAGAACCAAACUCAGGACAAGAAGCAGAAGAACAAGAAAUCUCUACAAGACAGCAGGAAUAACAAUCCCUGUCUACCCUUACAAAGACAUCGAUAAGGCCACCGAUUCCUUCUCCGAAAAAAGGCGGCUCGGCAACGGUGCAUACGGCACCGUCUACUCCGGCAAGCUUUCCGGCAGCGACGAAUGGGUCGCUGUCAAGAGGAUCAAGCACAGGGACGCCGGGGGUACCGAUCAGGUCAUCAAUGAGAUCAAGCUCCUAUCCUCUGUUAGCCACCCGAACCUGGUCCGCCUUCUAGGUUGCUCGAUCGAGAACGAAGAACAGAUCCUCGUAUACGAGUUCAUGCCGAACGGAACCUUGUUGCAGCACCUGCAAUGCGAGAAGGGGUCGGGACUCACCUGGCCGGUUCGCCUCACGAUAGCUUGCGAAACGGCGCAGGCGAUUUCUUAUCUCCACAACGCAAUGCACCCUCCGAUAUAUCACCGGGAUAUAAAAUCGAGCAACAUACUCCUCGAUCACGACUACAAGUCUAAAGUCGCCGAUUUUGGACUGUCGCGGCUGGGGCUCGUCGAGUCUUCGCAUAUCUCGACGGCGCCUCAGGGGACGCCGGGCUAUUUGGACCCUCAGUAUCACCAGCAUUUCCAUUUGUCGGAUAAGAGCGACGUGUACAGCUUCGGCGUAGUGCUGAUUGAGAUCAUAACGGCAUUGAGGGUUGUCGACUUCAAUCGACCUCAGAAUGAAGUCAAUUUGGCGGCUCUGGCUGUCGACAGGAUCGGGAGAGGGGCUUUGAGCGAUAUCAUCGAUCCGUUUUUAAAACCUUAUGCGAUGGAUGCUUGGACUAUUACGUCGGUGCACAAGAUCGCCGAGUUGGCGUUUAGAUGUCUUGCUUUUCACCGUGAUAUGAGGCCAUCGAUGAUGGAAGUCGCCGUUGAAUUGGAGCAAGUUAGGUUGAGUAAGUGGCAGAGUUCAGAAAUGAGCAUAAUGAGGUUGUCAUCCUCAUGCGCUUCAUCCUCGAAUUCAAGCGAGAAGCCUCUGAAUGUGAAGGAUAAGAAGCACGAGCUCGAUAGCAGUGUAGGUGUUUUCAGCAGCACGGCUUCGUUGGACACAGUGACGAAUUUUUCGCCGGCCUCCAUCGAAAACUCGUGGCGGAGCGAUCAGAGCUCGCCGUCGUCGAGUAGUCUGUUGAGUCGGGUUAUCCGGUGAUCUGAAAUUGAAAUCUCUUGUUCAAACACACACACACACAGACACUUCUCGGGUUUUAGCAGAGAAAGAAGAAACAAUCAGAAGCGUGAUGAAGAUGAAAUUCUUGUAAAGACCAUUUUGACACGCACCUUAUUCUUAUCUUUUUAUUAAAUGGAAGGUAACAUAUAAUGUGAUAAAACUUUGGACAAUAUAUGGUAUUUGGGAUUGUAGGAUGUCAUUAUACAGACAGUGGGGGCCGUCGUCGAACUAAAUUUAGCAAACCUCUACAGGGAAAAGUAGCUCCUAUUUGGUACUAAAAGUAGAAAAUGAAGAACCCUAAAUCGGCCAUGUCUAGAAAGUAGCUCGUUUCAGUGACGUUAUGGUGACGGAGGCGCCUAACGGCGACGCGGCGACCUCGAUGUCAAACGAGUCGUAGCGCCGGAAAAGCUCGACCAGAAGCAGCCUGGAGACGAGCACGACGAAGUCCUUGCCGGCGCACUGCUUGUUGUCGACGGUGGGGCUUUCGUUCUGCGGUCCGUUGGACCAGAGGACGUGCUUCA